UUUGUUUGCGGUUGCGUUCUCACGGCGAUUUUUCGCGGCUCCAACUCUCGUGAAGUUUCCUUCGCCUCGUGAACGCCAGUUAUCCAGUGGCCGCCGACAGAGAACAAAUCUCUGAUAAGGAAGAGGAAAAUACACAUUUCCCAUUACAUUGUCGAGUGAAAAGCGAUUCUCUAUGAAAGGCGAAGGAAAAGCUGCGCCGGCCCCGAUGGAUCCGAAUGUGCCGAAGAAAAUCACUAGUGCUAUCCCGAAGCAAAGACAAAAGCUUCUCAAAUGGAACGGUUGGGGAUACAAAGAUUCGCGUUUCGUUUAUCAGGACGGUACGAUUGUGUUCAGCGGAGAUAAAUAUCCGAUUGGUGGUAAUGUAUCGCUGCCUCAUUUCCGUGACUAUGUGAUAAAUAACUUCAACGUAGACUUAGCGGACAGACGUGAAGGUGUUCCGAUACCGGUUAAGUUUCCCGCUCCCGUACCAUCUCCGGAAUUCUUGAACGACAUACAGCGCCUCGGAGUAGACUACACGCAAGACGGCGAGGACCGGCUAAUCCGCUGUCGCGGCCAGACACUACACGAUAUGCACAUGAUGCGCACCGGGAACUUUAAGCGACUUCCCGAUAUGGUAUUGUUUCCGACUGGACACGAGCAAGUGGUUGAAAUUGUAGUAGCCGCUAACCAGCACAAUGUGGUAUUGAUACCUUUCGGUGGCGGGACAUCCGUAUCAGGCUCGAUAACGUGUCCGGAGCACGAGAUACGUCCGAUAGCAGCACUCGAUACUUCGCAAAUGAACCGUAUGCUAUGGAUCGACCGACAAAAUCUGGUGGCUUGUUUUGAGGCCGGCAUCGUCGGCCAAGAUUUGGAGCGUGAGAUGCGCACUCUGGGAUUCACCGUUGGCCACGAACCAGACAGUUAUGAGUUUUCAACUCUCGGUGGCUGGGUGGCAACGCGUGCAUCUGGCAUGAAAAAGAAUGUGUACGGAAACAUCGAGGAUUUGGUGGUUCGAGUGAAAAUGGUGACUGGCCGUGGCGCCGUACUCGAGCGAGGUCUCUCGGUGCCCCGCGUUUCCUGCGGGCCUGAUUUCAACCACAUCGUCCUCGGUUCCGAGGGUACUCUCGGGGUUAUAACGGAAGUCGUCAUCAAAAUACGCCCUUUGCCACAAGUCAAACGAUAUGGUUCACUCGUCUUUCCCGACUUUGGCUCCGGUAUACGGUGUUUACGGGAAGUUGCCAAAGAACGAUUGCAGCCAGCCAGCAUACGUUUAAUCGACAACGAGCAGUUCCAGUUCGGCCAAGCACUCAAAAUUCCUGGCGGCACCAUAGCGAGUGUAGGGGAGCUUCUGAAGAAAGCAUACAUCACGAAGGUGAAGCGUAUGAAGUUGGACAAAAUCGCGAUCGCAACCUUGCUCUUCGAAGGCCACGAGGAGCAAGUGCGUCAAAAUGAGGAUAAAAUAUACGCCGUCGCCAAACGGCACGGUGGUUUCUCGGCCGGUAGCAGUAACGGCGAAAAGGGUUACAUUCUAACCUUCGUUAUCGCUUACAUCAGGGACUUGGCCCUCGAGUACAGCAUUGUGGCGGAAUCAUUCGAAACAUCCGUACCCUGGGACCGCUGCGAAUCGUUGUGCAUUAACGUCAAAAGCUGUGUUCGUAAGGAAUGUGCCAAACACAAUAUCCAACACUACCUCAUCUCGUGCCGGGUAACACAAUCAUACGAUACCGGUGCUUGUGUUUACUUCUACUUCGGAUUUAAUCACAUCGGGUUCGCAAAUCCUGUUACAAUCUACGAAGAGAUCGAAAACAAGGCUCGCAAUGAAAUACUCGCUUCUGGUGGCUCUAUUUCGCAUCACCACGGAAUUGGGAAGAUUCGGUCACGAUGGUAUCAACAGAGCGUAUCAAACGUUGGAGUACAAUUAUACAAAGCCACCAAGCGAGAACUAGACCCAAACAAUAUCUUCGCCGUUGGAAACCUCAUUCCAGUCGAACAACAAGAUGACGAACUUGUUCCUUCUGGCUCUGUUAAGGCGAAAUUGUAGACAUGGUUUAAAAUACCUGAAAUUUAUUUUGCUCGUGAUUAUUGUGCUUCGCAGCAUUUUCAUUGCACGAAAUUC